GAUUUGCGAACAGAAACAGUUUUGAAGCGUAACAUGACGAAGCGCGAAAAAAUAUCACGAGCAGGUAUCCCGUUGUUCGCGUCGGAUGAUCGAAAACGACGGAAGAAGAAUUGAGCGUAGGAGCAAAAAAAAAGAAAAAAAAAAGAAAACAAUCGCAGAUGAUAUUAUAGGAGGAGAAGGGUGGGAGAAGUUUACUCUCGACGAGGAAUAUAUAAAUGGGCGGGCAGGGCUGAAAUUUCUAGUUGGUGAAGAUAGUUUGCAAGGCCUAUAGAGAAGUUGUGUAUCGCGCUAUGCAGGUCCACGUGACGUCGUUUGCCUUCGCUGCGUUGCUGAUCGCUUCGAUAGAAUCGAAACCACUGUGGCCAAGCGUGGUACGUUCCGACAAUCAUCGAUACGUUUCCACAACCACCAACAGAGGAUUUCUUCCGUACCACGAUUCUCCUUAUUACGUUUAUAACGUACAUUCCGAGGUAAAUGCGGCUCCUAUCAUAGCGCAUGGGAAACUGCCUGCUUCUCAUUUACCUGUUUAUAGCUUUUACUAUGGAACCCCGACUUACGACUUCCGGCUACCAUUGAAUCCGGUGUAUCCAUUAUUACCUGUUCCCCCUCAUCCAGGAGAUCAACCAUCGACUGGUGCAAAACCGAUCGAUGAAGAUGGCGAUAGUAUUGAAAAGUUGGAGACAAAGAUCGAAAAAAGGAGAGGAAAUGAAAAAGUUAAAAAGGAGAAAGCAACGGAUGAUAACGUUCGUUAUAUUUAAUCGAAAUAAGUUUUGUACGUGGUGGAACGAAAUUUUGCGAAAUUCUUUUUAUUUUCUAUUUUCAUUACUUCUUAAAAUUUGACUAACAAAUCUUUUUUAUACAUUUAUGCCUCGAAACAUUUGAAAAUAUUAUAUCUUCAUCGAUUUUAUAAAUUCAAUGAUAUUUCACAGUCGUUUAAUUAUCAAGAAAUUUUUAAGAAAUAAUUAAUUUCCUUCCUGUAUAAAAAUUUACGUUAAUU